AUGAAUGAUCACCUGAAUGACUGGUGGUCGAAGAACUCUGCCAAAUGCGGCGAUAAGGGCUUCUCGCAAUGUUAUCUGGACUCUGCCGGACUCAUCACCUGGACCUGCGAUAUCUUGUCUCUCAGUACUUGCACCCCUCCACCAAGCGGACAAGGGGCCAAGUAUAACUCCUAUCAGGAAUUCUAUGCCGUAUGGAAUAUUUACACUAUAAACCAGUACUUUGCCAAUUACCACCAGGCGCUGCUAAACGGCCAAGCUGAGGCAAUUGGUGUCGUUGGCCAAAUUGUUCAGACUGUUGCUCCGCCAGAGGACGUCAAUCCCAAAACGCCUCUGUUUGGUCCCAUCUUCGGUGCCACGUUUGGUCUCUUCAGCGCCGUCGCUACUUUGGCUACACCAGGAGCCGGGGCAUUCAUUGCAGCAGCUUUAGUUGGGGCUACUGGAGGUACCCCAGUCGGUCUCGUCAACCUUCUCUUCCCCAAGUCAACGAAGAACCCCGUGGCAUGGCAAGAUGUCUCAGCCUCCCUUUCUGAAUUUGUCGAUGACUACCAGAAAAAUGUCGGAGCCGCUGUGGCCCUCAUCCAAAAAGACUUUGACACAUUCUACGGGGUUACAAACGAGGGCGCAUUCUGCACCAGGAUUUCAGACUCAUUGCCUGAGAAGACCAGCUUUAUGUACCGUGAGUUGAUGAAGUGGACGUUCAACCAGGCUGUCCAGGCUCGCGGGUUCUUCUCAAUCAAGAACCCCGGUGUGGAUCCCAAGAAGCUCGAGACAGAGACUGGAAACUUCAAGUGCGGAGACUAUGACGAAUACGGCGUCUGCAAGGACAACGGCUAUAUCUACUUCGACGGCAAAGACUCAUACGGCAUGGCCAGGGCGCGAGAUGUUGGCGCCGACUUCUUCCCUGGCGUUCUCUCGGUCGCUUUCCAGAAGAACUGGACAACCCCCCAGGAGCUCUAUCUCGAUGCCCAGGGGUGCGCCUUCAAGGCCGAAGCAGAUGAACAGACCAACGCAACCGAACUGGACACCGGAUGUGCUUCCAACACCCCAGUCUGUGUUGUUGAUAUGAGCGUCGACCUGAACGAGGCCAUCACUUCGCACAAUCCUGGCUCUAUGUUUACCAACUGCCCUCCUAUGCUGGGCUGGGGUGUGGAUCGGUACAACAACAAGGCAUAUGUUCCAUUCUCCUACCUUGGACCUUUAUUGAAAGCCGAUGAGGUCACCCACAAUGAGUCGUGA